CAGACAAACGCGGCUUCACCCUCUCCUCUCUUUCUUCAUCGUCCCAACCUCCGAUCAAAGCUUCUCGAGAUGGCACCCAAGAAGGCAAAGAGGAGGCAGGCAGCAGGAGGCGGAGGUUCCUCCAACGUCUUCUCCAUGUUCGAGCAGAGCCAGAUCCAGGAGUACAAGGAGGCCUUCACAAUCAUCGACCAGAACAGGGACGGCAUCAUCAGCAAAGAUGACUUGAGGGACGUGCUGGCCUCCAUGGGCCAGCUGAACGUGAAGAAUGAGGAGCUGGAGGCCAUGAUCAAGGAGGCCAGCGGCCCCAUCAACUUCACCGUCUUCCUCAACAUGUUCGGAGAGAAGCUGAAGGGCGCUGACCCCGAGGACGUCAUUCUUAGCGCCUUCAAGGUCCUGGACCCCGAGGGUACCGGAAGCAUCAAGAAGCAGUUCCUGGAGGAGCUCCUGACCACUCAGUGCGACAGGUUCUCCAAGGAGGAGAUCAAGAACAUGUGGGCCGCCUUCCCCCCAGAUGUCGCGGGAAACGUGGACUACAAGAACAUCUGCUACGUCAUCACACACGGAGAGGAGAAGGAGGAGUAAAGAAAGAGAAGACCAGAAGAAAGACGACUAUCCCUUCGCUUUUUCUGCCCUUUCUCCCCUUCCUUCCUAUCUUCCUCCCCUCCGUUCCGCCCUCCGUGUUGACCCGUGGGGCACCCACCCCUCCACUGCCACCGCUCUGGUUCAAAGCAAAGACUUGUCCAGCUCGACACGCCCCGCGGGGCUCGCGGGAUGUCUGUGUUGGCUUACGGGGAACAGGGGAUGCUUUUCAAUAAAACGACAGCGUGACAUCAUUUCACCAUCUUUCUGUCUUUGCGUCCACUCACCUCCAUCCAGGGGCCUUCUCGCUGAGACGGGAGCCCACUGGCGGGGGGGGGAGCAGACCACCUGAAGGCCUCAUUCCCAUUCUGAAGAGGUCCUUUUGGCUAGAAAACAACGAAAAAGAAAGAAUGUGUUCAGGUUAAUGAUGAUGGCCGUGUCUCCUUAAAGUGACCACAUGUCAGAAGGGGAGGAGAGAAAAAGGCCGAAAGAAAACGUCUUCGACUACUUCCCCUCCUCGCCUUCCGGCGUUGUCCACUCUUCCUCUGUAAGCUCCAUGACACCUCCUCGCCUUUCCUCUGUAAUGAAUAAAAGGGACAAACUGUGAAUAAAACCCCUUUCCUUUUGUACAAUA